CAGCAACUGCCUAGCAGCAGCACCGCCAACCAAGCAGCCUGUCGCAUACACGUGACGUAGCGGCAGCCCAAUCAGGGGACUCUGGCCAUGACGUAAGAGAGCAGAUUUAAGAAUCGUAACUUCGUAAAGGUUGAACAGCUUCCUCUCCCAUCGCCUCGCUUCGAGGUGGGAGUUUGGCUGAACUAGUCGUGUGCUUUUGCGGUGAAUACAGUAGUACCAGUGCUGAUUAUUAGAAAGAGUUUUCAUUUGUUAACUUAGUUUUUGGUUCCUUGCCAAAGGUGGGCCGACUGAAACUUAACGGACGUGGCUGCUCGCUUAUGCAACAAUUGGAUACUGGUGCACGUAGUGCCUGACUUUCUCAGUUGUUAUCUUACUGAUGUUUGCUUAUUUUACUGUUGGUUUUAAUAGAAAAUGAGACAAUAUUUCCUUCUACAAAGUAAAGGAGGCAGAACAAAGUUUACAGACGGUGAUGUACUUGAAAAAGUGACAGCAAUGGAGCAACAGAACGUGUUCGUCAUGUUUUACUUCGUUUACUUUGUUUGGUUUUCUGUACAACCCUCCACAGGGAUGAUUCACUCUCUGGCGGGUCUUUGGACAUUUUCUAAAUUAGUUGCUUCUUAUAUUUCAUAUUGUCUUUCAGUGAUUUCUCAUCAGUAUCGUAGCUCCUACAAAAUAGGAGUCUUUAGUUCUUUUUUUUAAAAUUGCUCCCUUCUGUAUGAUCUUCACUUCAGGCAGUAUUUUGUUAUAUAGUCUUGGUGGGCAGUGUUCAAAUCCUCUCUCACCUGACUUACAAUUUGUUCUCGGUUCAAAUAGCCCAUAUGCUUCACGUGAAUUUCUGAUCACAAUGUUCAUUUCAGGUCUAAAGAAACUUCAACAUUAUAGUCUGACUUCCGUUGAAUACAGAGUUUUCAUCCUCUCGUGUAAUCACCAAACAACUCGGACAAAGGACUGAAAUUAACAUGGUGUUGUUUUCACCAAACCAGAUGUGAGUGAAUUUGGAGAACUGAAUCAACUAAGUACCUGAUCGAACUGAUAAUAUUCUAAUACAAAACAAUGAUCAAAAUCAGCAAAGUAAUAAUAUAUUAAUCUGCUCAUGAGAAAUAUUACGAGACAAGUCAGAACUAAUACAAAUAAGUGAAAAGUUAUCAAAGUUGCAAGACUUGCGAUAUGAAUUUGAGAGACAAAAGGGCGGUAGAGCCGUGUGAAAGUCAAGGAACGGAAUAAAAAAUAAAUAACACCGAAAUACAGGACAAGGCGCGAAAAAUAAACUUUGAAAAGGAGGCAAAGAAAGUGAAACGACAGCGAUAAGUAGGAAAAGAAGGUAAAAUAAUAAUAAAAUAAUAUUUUUAUUAUCUGUAAAAGUGAAAGAAAAAACUUGGCAUACUAUAAAAACAAAUAGGAAAAGAAAUGACAAGCAGGAAAAGUUUCGAUCAAAGGUAAAAGAAAGCGUCGUUCGCCUUUAAGAAACCUCUAACAACAGGAGAGAAAAAAAUAUACACACACGUGUUGCAGUUUAAAAUAUCCGAAAAACUUCAGCCAUGUUAAUCAAGGAGUCGAGAGAGAACUCCCCUCUCUUACAGAGCUGCGAAAGCUAUCAUUCAACCGACCACAUCCUGCAAACCACCCUCGCCUCCUCCACUUCCUCUGCGACUUCUGCGGACACCCCUACGUCAUGCGGACGUCGGCUGAGGAACCUCAUCCUCAACAUAACCGUGGAACCGGUGCUGUUCCUCCACGCCAUGUCCUACGCCGUCGCCUCCGUCUUCUACACCAACAUGAUGGUGGACAAGGUCUGCGCUCUGCAGCUGAACUACAGCGCAGAUAUCUGUGACCACCUGGACUCGGGUGACCACGAAGAGGAGCAAAACGCAGUGCAGAAAAUCACGAACGUUUACCAGCUCUACUGCAGCUGGAUCCAGUCAUCCUUGGGCAUCUUCGCCAUGGUCCUCCUGGGUGCCUGGAGCGAUACCAAGGGCAGGAAAUUGCCCCUCAUCGUUCCCUUGAUCGGAGACAGCCUCAAAGCCGCCCUCCUCUUGGCCAACGCCUAUUUUUGGUACUGGCAGCCCUGCUACAUCAUUUUGGCCUACAUUCCCUACGGCCUAGGGGGCAACUGGAUGGCCAUCUUCAUGGCGGCUUACGCAUUUGUUGGCAAUCAUUCUGGAAACCGCUCGAGGACGACCAGGCUGUCUUUGGCGGGCCUCAUGAUGUACGCGGCCUGGCCCAUGGGCCACUUCACCGGCACCCUCCUCUACAUGAAAGGAGGCUACGUGUUGGUCUUCGGGGCACAACUCAUCGUUUCCAUCGUCACCGUCAUCUACGCCCUCCUCCGCUUCGACUCGGGUCCUCCUCCAAGGCGCGAGGGAGAAGAGGAAGAGGAAGGGGACGCAACAAGAGAGAAGAAGCUGACUUUAGAGAAAGUGAAGCAGUCACUGACAGUCGUGUUUAAACCUCGCGAGGGAUACCUCAGGGCGCACAUAAUUGCCCACGUCGUUUGCAUCUGGGUAACUGUGAUAUCCUACGAGGGUUCUGCAUUCACCUACCUAUACACACGGAAGAAGUUCGGCUGGAACUAUUACGACUACACGAUCUGGUCAAUCGUGGGCACCCCUGUCUCUUUUCUGGCCUCCUGCGUCAUACUGCCCAUUCUGAGCUACUACUUCCAGCUGGAAGACAGCCUGCUGGGAUUCAUCGGGUCAGCGUCUCACAUCUUCUACGGCACAAUCGUUGGAACGGCUCCCUAUCCCUGGAUGCUGUACUUGGCCCUGGUCGUGUCUUCGUUCUCCGGAAUGGUCAUCACAUCCUCCCGGGGCGCCAUAUCCAAACUAGUCCGGUCCAACGAGUUAGGUGGCGUCUUCACGACCAUCGCCCUGGGUGAGUCGGUCUCUCCCAUUGUUGUCGCACCCGUCUUCACUCUCAUAUACAACAGCACGCUGGAGACCUUCCCAGGCACUGUGUUCAUCGUGGGAUCUGUCUUCGCUGUUGUCGUUAGCUGUCUCUACACAUGGAUUCUCACCAGCGGCCACGAGAUGACGUCACGAUCAUCGGCUCCUUGACAACGGGCAAAUUACGAACAGACUACAAUUAUUCCUGUUAGAAACAAAAGGUUGUUUUGUAGGCUACAGGACAUGUCUGCUAAGUAACAAAUGUAUUGUUAUCGCCAUAUUAAUCCAUAAUAAAAUAUUUAUUGAUCAUAUAUGUACAGCACAUAAACAGUUCUGCAUGACAACUUUUUGUACUGCAGCAAUAUUGCUGGUUUAAACGUGUUCAUUGUAAUGUUCAUUACUAUAAUAUGCUUCAUUAAAAGUAUUUCAAUUACAAUAUUACACGUGGAUUGGAAUAUACCAUUUAGGCCAAAAGCCAAGCGCUGGGAGCUAUAGGUCAUUCAGCGCUGGAAGUAAAUUAAGAGUUAAAAGUUGUGUAACAGUAGGACAACCUCCCAGUUGCACUAUGAAACAAUAGUUUGGAGGAUGGAAAGUAAGACAGAAGAAAGUGAAUAUGAACAGAGGUGCAGUAAGAAGACUGAAAGGGGCUACAGCUAGGAGCCAAAGGGACACUCCAAAGAACCUUAGAUAAUGCCUACAGUGCACAGCAUGAGGUGCAUUGACGGCAUUAACCCCCUACAGGAGAUUAUAUUACACAUAACCAGUUCGAAUAUAUCUAUACUGUAGCAGUUUGUACGUGUUCAGAACAUGGUAGUUUUAUCGUCUAAGAUAGGUAUCAAUUUCAUCAGGUCCAAGUCGACAUAUAAAAAUUAUUUUAUCAGCGCCACUUGUCACUCA